AUGACCAUCAGCAUGCCGCAACGUCGAGGCGAUUCUUGUCUUCAGCUCUCAUCCCCUGUCUUGCUAUUGUCCCUCCUAGUAUUCGGUCAUGAGUCUGUGGAUGAACAGUUUGUGGAUGAACCGAUGAACGGCUUGAAGGUGUUUGUUGGGUCCGGGUGAGGUCGAGUCAUCGCGGAUGAUAGGAUCCUGUCCAAAGGCUUGAGGGCAGCUUGCUUUGUCCCCCCAACAUCUUCACGGGCUCACCAUGCAACGUCAUUUUACCAACAACCCGUAUGAGAACAAGUUCGGCUACUCCAGAGCCGUUCGGAAGGGUCCUUUCAUCUUCAUCUCCGGGACUACCUCCAUCGACCCGACCUCUGGCGAGCUCCGCUACCCCGGAUCUGCCUACGACCAGGCGCGAGCUAUCUUUUCCGAGAUCGUGCGGGCUGUGGAAGUAUUAGGUGGGAGGAAGGGGGAUAUCGUGCGUGUGCGGAUGUUUGUAGCGGAAGAUCGGGAUACAGGCAAGGUUGGGCAGGCUUUGAAGGACGUUCUUGGAGACGUCGGUCCGGCGGCGACGAUGAUUGUUGGCUCUCGCUUCGUCUCGUCAGACAUGCUGGUGGAGAUUGAAGCAGAUGCUGUCGUUAUGGAAUGACGCCAAUGGUUCUGUUCUCACACGAAAUGAUGCGAACGGUGACACUUUUCAACGAUUGUACUGAGACGAGGGUCUCAUCGAGCCUUGCCAGCGUGACCUUUCCGUGCAAUGCUAUAAGUUCGAUAAUCUUCCGUGGGCUCGUAGCGCAGGUAUACCGCAAGUUGCGCUUCCUUGCAGCAUUCCGUGUACCUGCACUACGGUUCCACUGGUGCACAGGUCCGUCUCGAGCGAUAUUUCGAGGAAAUCUGAACAGUGACGAUGCCUUUGUCGCUUUUCAUCACGCGUACUCCAACCGAAGCUUUGUUUCCGAGCGAGUUGCCAUAGAACAUUGGUCUUGUAUUUCAGAUAACGAAGCC